AUGGGCAGCGAGAAUUUUAUUGAUCCCCUCAACCAUGGUCUCAGACAGAAGGUUCCUGCUCACGUCUCCGACUGGCUUCAAUCGAGCACUCGCUCAUACUAUGGAUCUGUAAAGCAACAACAGCCGUGGCCUCAACCACACUACAAACUCGGGUCCGACCGCAGCGAUGUCGAUCAACACAGUGUUAUUUCUCCUGACGAUUCCGUCAGUGUGACCGAUUCCAACCAUGAUUCUUACUCUUCAGAUUCAUCGAUUCACACAUAUUCCACAAAUGCUACCGACCCAACCGAUUUCUUGGACGAAGAGGAUCGAGAUACCUGCCGCUCCAAAGAAGAGUACCCCGCAAAGCUUCAGGAGCACCUGAUCAGACUCACCAAAGCAGGGAACCUGGGAGGCACCGCAACCCAGAGCGUCGUCUCUGUUGAUCGAUGCCCACCACCUGUAGCUCACCAUUCGAUCUCUCGUGAACGCUCUGAACGAUGUUCGAACAGUCGGAGCGACUCGAUUCCUCGAAGAAAAGCCUCCGAGCCUCAACUCCAGAAAUGCAAUCGGCGGAGGAGCGCUUCAACCAAGGGCCAAUCCCCACCAUGCAAGCUUACCCGAGAUACCGAAUGUACGGACCAUUUCGUGACACUAUUAAUCAUUUUUGCCACAAGACUCAUCACAGCAUUCUGGCCAUUGUCGGCUUCGCCCCCAAUGAUGUCGACUUGCUUCAAUGGAGCAGGAGUUUUGCCUUUGAGAGUCUUCAUUCAAGAGACCUUGAAACGCUCCAGGGCAAGCUACUCAACUUUGCAAGUCGCACUCUUCUACCUUGUCCUCCUCAAGGCCCGACUACCCACGGGCGCUUUGGAACAAACCUCUCGUAGUUCUCCUGGAGAAUCCCGGGAACGAGAAUGCCGUGCGAUGCAGUGUGGUCGUCGGAUGUUCCUUUCAGCUCUCAUGCUUGCGUCAAAGUAUCUGCAAGAUCGUAACUACUCGGCUCGAGCCUGGAGUAAGAUAUCUGGUCUUCGCAGCAACGAGAUCAACGAGAAUGAGAGAGAUUAUCUCCAUCUCAUUGACUACAGCCUUCACAUCCCGAAAGAAUCAUUUGACAACUGGAGCAAAAUUGUCAUUUCUCUCAGUCGACUGUCCAACAAAUCACCACAAUGCCAAGCCGACUUCUCAGAUGCAAGCUCCAGUACCUCUGGGGGCAGUCCUGGCAAUUCUUUAGCUGACAUGGUUCCUUCGCUUCAUCUUGAUGAGGCCCAGGAGCAGAACCUUUUCACCGAUGAUUGGUGGUCAGACAUUAUUCACAGGUUAGAUCCUCAGAUGGUCAAGGAUCAGACCUUCACCCAAGACUUUCUGAAGACCUUUGUACCGGGUUAUCGCGAAUUGUCUUCUGAUCCCGAGAGAUCAUCAGACAACGUGGAUGAGUCGAGCCCAGAAAUGGAUUCGAUGGCUUCCGUUCUCGAUAUCAGUCUUUGUGAUUCUUUGAGAUCACGAAAUACCGAGUCGACCAAAGCCGACACUCCUCAAACACCUGUGCAAAUGAGUCCCGCUCGGACAAUUCCCCGCCAACCACAGUUGAAAAAUCUCCCCACACCACAGAGCACACCGCCCAUUGCAGAUGGCUAUCAUUCAUCCACACCUGGUGGUCGAUCUGCCUUGAGAUGCUCAGCGUCAGUCGAUGCACUGCGAAGUAUGCGCCGACAAUGCAUGAUGAAUGCGAAUCUAGAUCGAUGCCCUCCACCACGAUCACAGCCGUUUGCCUUACCUGUGAGAUCUUGGACACGUCCUGCAGAGACGAUUCAGGAGUACCCCAGUAGGUCGACGACGCCAUCUGUCUUUUCGCCGGCAUCCGUAACAUCUGAUGUCAGUUGCGGCACGUCACGAUCACGAUCCUCGUCAAUAUCUUCGAAUUCUUCAUGGUCAACCUUUCCUUCUACGCUGCCCCGAGUACAGUUGUCCGGCAAUGGCCAAUACACCUCACCCUUGACGCAAGUAUCGACACCUUCGCAUGGUAUCGGUACUUCAUCUUUGAGCAAUAAGCAUUACUCCUCUGUCGCAAGUCUUCAUGAUGAAGGUUAUGGCAGCAGUGAAGAGCCUGUGGCGAAGCUUUCCGAUAACAAUCCACCCACCGGUCUUGAGGCUAGCGCUGUCCGUAUCCUGCUAUCGUUGUCUUCACAAAUGGACAGUGCGAGUCAGAGCGUGACCCCCACACCUCAAAACUACGACGCACCUAGUGAAGAAUACCUCAGACGACUACCAAGAGGCCACAAGAGAUCUCUAUCCAAAUCGGAAUGUGUGCAGAACCAUGUGCGGUACAUUCUGCAAGGUGACUCUGAUGAUCAGAUUGCCCGCGAAUUGGUUGACGACCCAUCUCGACCCUGUCCUGACCCAAAUCCAAGACAGAUGCAACAAGGAACCAAGUUUUGGGCAGCAUCAAGGAUGGCAUUGCCAAACAGAAACGAUAGUAAGCGGAUGGCACUUCACUGUGUAUCGUCUGCUCCAGAUCUUGCAGCGCAAUAUCUCCGACAGCAUGCAUCUAUGGCGGCUUUCUAG